GGCCCGGUGCGCGCCGGGAGCGCCUGCUGGAGCCGGCGUGCAGCGCGGCGUCCUUGCUGACCCGUUCUUUGCCAGCAGGAAGACGUCCCCCAAGGGUUGCAUGUCAGCCAGCAAGUCUGACCCCCGACGCCUGGAGAGCAGAGACUGGCAGGCCGUGGAGGAGUGCCACUGUCCAGCUUAGCUUGCUUGUGGCCCUUGGACUUGGCCUGCCCAUGGCUCGCAGGCUGCAGAUCCGGCUGCUGACGUGGGACGUGACGGACACACUGCUUAGACUGCGCCGCCCCUUGGGGGAAGAGUAUGCCGCUAAGGCCCGAGCCCACGGGCUGAAGGUGGAGGCUGCAGCCCUGGGCCAAGCCUUCAGGCAGGCCCACAGGGCCCAGAGCCACAGCUUCCCCAACUACGGCCUGAGCCAGGGCCUCACCUCCCGCCGCUGGUGGCUGGACGUGGUCCUGCAGACCUUCCACCUGGCAGGUGUCCAGGAUGCCCGGGCCGUGGCCCCCAUUGCCGAGCAGCUGUAUGAGGACUUUAGCAGCCCCUCCAACUGGCAGGUGUUGGAGGGGGCUGAGGCCGCCCUGAGGGGCUGCCGUCGGCGGGGUCUGAGGCUGGCGGUGGUCUCCAACUUUGACCGGCGGCUGGAGGCCGUCCUGGCGGGGCUGGGCCUGCGGGAGCACUUUGACUUUGUGUUGACCUCUGAGGCUGCUGGCUGGCCCAAGCCGGACCCCCGCAUUUUCCAGGAGGCCUUGCGGCUGGGUCACGUGGAACCCGCAGCGGCAGCACACGUCGGGGACAGCUACCGCUGUGACUACCAGGGGGCGCGGGCUGUGGGCAUGCACGGCUUCCUGGUGCUUGGCCCGGAGCCUCUGGAGCCUGCGGUCAGAGAUGCUGUCCCUGAAGAACACAUCCUCCCCUCUCUGUCCCAUCUCCUGCCUGCCCUGGACCGCCUAGAGGGCUCCACCCCAGGGCUUUGAAUGUGGUGAGGGCCAUGGCCCUAGGCCACUGGAGACAAGCAGCACCUCCUUCCCCCCACUCCUGGACUCUGCCCCCUACAGCCUGUUCUGACUAUAAACAGUGAGUGCUGGCUUUUAGCCCUGCCCGCUGCCUGGUCCGGGACUGUUUGCUCAUUCUCUUUCACACCUGUGUCCCUUUCCACCAAUCAUUCCCCCUCACCUCCCCCGAGAUUCACCCAGGGCCCAGCUAGCUUUGAAGAACUGGGCAUCUCGGGCCAGCGCCGUGGCUUAACAGGCUAAUCCUCCGCCUUGCAGCGCCGGCACACCGGGUUCUAGUCCCGGUCGGGGCGCCGGAUUCUAUCCCGGUUGCCCUCUUCCAGUCCAGCUCUCUGCUGUGGCCCGGGGAAGGCAGUGGCGGAUGGCCCAAGUGCUUGGGCCCUGCACCCGCAUGGGAGACCAGGAGAAGCACCUGGCUCCUGGCUUCGGAUCAGCACGAUGAGCCAGCGCAGCGGCCAUUGGAGGGUGAACCAACGGCAAAAAGGAAGACCUUUCUCGCUGUCUCUCUCUCUCACUAUCCACUCUGCCUGUCGAAAAAAAGAAAAACUGGGCAUCUUCAAACUUCAUUUUAGCAACAGGGUCCCUAUGUCGGGGGAAGAGCUGAAAUUCCAAACCCGAGACAUGGCUUGAGUCAACACAGGAAUCCCAACGGAGGCCUCUCCUGUAGCCCCUGCGACACCAUCUCCCUGGAUGUGAGGUCAGAGCUGCCUGAAAAACCAGGGUGCUAAAGCUGCGCUGUAGGGACCCCGUCCACAGCCCUCCAGUCUGAGCAGAUCUGAGAAAGAACAUGGCCCGGCACUGUUGACCUGGCCUGCCCUGUGUUUGCGUGUUCAGUUCAUGAUAGGCAUACGUAACCCUCCAAACUACUAAGGCGCAAAAGUACGCCUCCCGCUUUGCAAAUGAGAGAGUCAGGCUUCACUGCCAAGCUCCAACGCAGUGGAGGUCCUGAGAGAGCAGGGAAAGACAUCCCCAUCUUGGGGACAAAGACAAGCCCAGGGGGGCAGGAGGGGCAGGAGGGGGAACAAUGAGAGGUUAAAGCCAUGGGGUGGGUUUUUAAGAUUUCAUUUCUCUUCCUGCCAAGAUAGUCACACACAGUGCAUGUUCUGGUGCCUGCAGCCAGGGGGAGCCCUGGAGUGGACCCUGAACCACGGGCGUGGCAACGAGAUGGGCAGAGGACAUUCCUGCAGCAGGCCGCUGAACUGUGGACUGACGGCCACUGGGGGGAGGGGGACAUGGAGGCCUUCGGGUGCCAGUUGGAAGAGCUUGACUUUGAGCCAGACCGCUGGGCCGUGGCUGCCCAGGCAAAGGCAGGGCUGAUACAUUCAGAUGUCACCAGAACCCCUGUUUGUCUGCCUGGCGCCAAGGCCGGUGUCGCAACAAUAAUUCCUGAGCUUCCGGCAGUGAGGACGCUGGUCACAAGCUGUGUGGUCCCAGCUGCCAGGGCCUCCAAGGUCAUUUCAACCCGAACAGUUGUUAACAGGUGUUCUUAGCCGGCGCCCCGGCUCACUAGGCUAAUCCUCCGCCUUGCAGCGCUGGCACACCGGGUUCUAGUCCCGGUCGGGGCACCAAUCCUGUCCUGGUUGCCCCUCUUCCAGGCCAGCUCUCUGCUAUGGCCAGGGAGUGCAGUGGAGGAUGGCCCAAGUGCUUGGGCCCUGCACCCCAUGGGAGACCAGGAGAAGCACCUGGCUCCUGCCAUCAGAUCAGCGCGGUGCGUCGGCCGCAGCACACCGGCCGCAGCGGCCAUUGGAGGGUAAACCAACGGCAAAGGAAGACCUUUCUCUCUGUCUCUCUCUCACUAUCCACUCUGCCUGUCAAAAACAAAACAAAACAAACAAACAAACAAAAAAAAAAACAGAUGUUCUUUAUUUUUACUGUUUCUUGGAAAACAGAGUCAGAGAUAUCCUCCAGUCAUUGGCUCACGGGCUAAAUGCCCACAGUAGCUGGAGCUGGGCCAGGUCAGGGCCAGGGGCCUGGAACUCAAUCCAGGGCUUCCACGUGGGAGGCAGUACUUGAGCCACCACCUGCUGCCUCCCAGGGUGUGCAUUAGCAAGAAGCUGGAAUGGGGAAGGAGCCAGGACUUGAACCCAGGCACUCCAGUACGGGGUGCGAGCAUCCCAGGCCGGGUCUUAACCACUGCCCUUCAGUCGGAGUCCUGUGGGCUGCAGCUAUGUGCCCAGAGUUUGAAAUAACUUACUGACCAAACAAACAUCAAGAGAUUUCACAUAAAAAUCAGGAGUGUUUUCAGUUUUUCUCCAAGGAUCUCUAUUCCUGGCCAUUCUGGGUGUGUGUUCCUGCGUGGCCAGAACUGACGGCUGUGGCUGUCUCCAUCCUGUGCUGUCUCAGUCACUGACUGUUGACCCUCACCGUCUUAUGUUGUGGCCUCCCCUGAUUAAA